AUGGACAUCAUCCUCCAAUUGGCGGACACGUACCUCCUCGACGACCUCUACGCUCGUUUACUCCCUUCCCCUACCUUCUCAGGCGUCGCACCGGCCUUAGAAUUCCUCAACAACACAGCCCUCCCUUCCCCCUACAUCACAUCCCCAACAUACGGCCUCCCCCUCUCCUCCCUCCCCGGCAAGGCGGUCUCUUCCCUCCCUCGCGACUCGAUCGUCCGUCAAACCAUCUCGCUAUUCUGGAUAGCAUGGAUCGGAUCGGCGGCGCUCUAUUUCUUCUUCUCGGGGAUAUCCUACCACUACUUCUUCGACCAGCGGUUGAAGCACCAUCCUCGCUAUCUCAAGAAUCAGAUACGGAUGGAGAUCAUAUCGUCUAUGAUUGCCAUGCCGUCGAUCGACGUCCUGACAUUACCCAUCUUUGUCAGCGAGGUCAGGGGCAAGUCAUUGCUAUAUGACAAUGUGGCGGAUUACGGGUACGCCUGGUUGGCCGCGUCCACUCUGGCCUACCUCGUCUUCAACGACGUCGCGAUCUACUGGAUCCACAGGAUAGAACACCACCCUCGGCUCUACAAGUACAUCCACAAGCCCCACCACAAAUGGGUCAUCCCCACCCCUUGGGCCGCACUCGCCUUCCACCCCCUAGACGGCUUCCUCCAAUCCCUCCCCUACCACAUCUUCGUCUUUAUCUGCCCGAUGCAAAAGACGCUCUACAUCUCCCUAUUCGUCCUUGUGCAAAUAUGGACGGUAUUCAUCCACGACUCGUCCCUCGUCCAAGAUAGCGUCCUCGAGCGGUACUUUAUCAACUCGCCCGGCCACCACACCCUCCAUCACAUCUACUUUUCCCCCAAUCUCGGUCAAUACCUCACCUUUGCGGACAAGUUCUGGGGAACGCAUCGCGAACCGGAACCCCACCUCGACCCUAUCCACGCGGCGGUCAAGGCGAUGAAGGCGAAGGGAUUGGCGGAUGCGGAUGGGAAUGAGAUUGUGCAGCAUAAGAAGGAUCUGUAG